CCUCUGGCCCCGGUGGAAUUGGGGCUGAGGAGGAGCUGAAAAUGCAGAUUUAGCAUCAAGCACAGACACACACUCGCUCUUUCUCUCAGAUACACACAGCUCCCCACAUUCGCACCUCUGCCAGCGAGCCGGGCCGCCUGACUGCACGGCUUCCCCGCCAGCCAGAUGCUGGAGGAGAGCACACAUUGAUUUGCUGCUUUCCAAGCCCCUAAUCAGCCUGUUUCUCUACAUAAAGAUUUUUUUAAAAAACAAACAAACAGACAAAAACUAUAUAUAUAUUUUUUGUUUGCACCUUCCCUCCGGGUCUCCUGCUCUGUCCGCCUGCGCGCCUCCUAGCACCACUUUGCACUCCCAAAGAAUGAUGAAAGGUGGCUGUGUGUCCCAGUGGAAGGCGGCCGCCGGGCUCCUCUUCUGUGUCAUGGUUUUUGCAUCUGCCGAGAGACCGGUCUUUACGAAUCAUUUUCUUGUGGAGUUGCAUAAAGGAGGGGAGGAAGAAGCUCGCCAAGUUGCAGCAGAAUACGGCUUUGGAGUCCGAAAGCUCCCCUUCACUGAAGGCCUGUACCACUUUUACCACAAUGGCCUUGCCAAGGCCAAGAGAAGACGCAGCCUGCACCACAAGCAGCAGCUGGAGAGAGACCCCAGGGUAAAGAUGGCCUUGCAACAGGAAGGAUUCAACCGAAAAAAGCGAGGGUAUAGAGACAUCAAUGAGAUCGACAUCAACAUGAAUGAUCCUCUUUUUACAAAGCAAUGGUAUCUGAUCAAUACCGGGCAAGCUGAUGGAACUCCUGGCCUUGAUUUGAACGUGGCAGAAGCCUGGGAGCUGGGGUACACAGGGAAGGGUGUCACCAUUGGAAUUAUGGACGAUGGGAUUGACUACCUCCACCCGGACCUGGCCUCAAACUACAAUGCCGAAGCGAGUUAUGACUUCAGCAGCAACGAUCCCUAUCCGUACCCCCGGUAUACAGACGACUGGUUUAACAGCCACGGGACCCGCUGUGCAGGGGAAGUUUCUGCCGCUGCCAACAACAAUAUCUGUGGGGUCGGAGUAGCAUACAAUUCCAAGGUCGCAGGUAUCCGGAUGCUGGACCAGCCAUUUAUGACGGACAUCAUCGAGGCCUCCUCCAUCAGCCACAUGCCUCAGCUAAUCGAUAUCUACAGUGCCAGCUGGGGCCCCACAGACAAUGGGAAAACAGUGGAUGGGCCCCGAGAGCUCACACUUCAGGCGAUGGCUGACGGUGUGAACAAGGGCCGAGGGGGCAAAGGCAGCAUCUACGUGUGGGCCUCCGGGGACGGCGGCAGCUACGACGACUGUAACUGCGACGGCUACGCCUCGAGCAUGUGGACCAUCUCCAUCAACUCGGCCAUCAACGACGGCAGGACCGCGCUGUACGACGAGAGCUGCUCCUCCACCCUGGCCUCCACCUUCAGCAACGGCAGGAAGAGGAACCCUGAGGCGGGCGUGGCAACCACAGAUUUGUAUGGCAACUGCACUCUGAGGCAUUCUGGGACAUCCGCGGCUGCUCCUGAGGCAGCUGGAGUGUUUGCACUGGCUUUAGAGGCUAACCUGGGUCUGACCUGGAGAGACAUGCAACAUCUGACUGUGCUCACCUCCAAACGGAACCAGCUUCAUGACGAGGUCCAUCAGUGGCGGAGGAAUGGAGUCGGCCUGGAGUUUAAUCACCUCUUUGGCUACGGGGUCCUUGAUGCAGGCGCCAUGGUGAAAAUGGCUAAAGACUGGAAAACCGUGCCUGAGAGAUUCCACUGUGUGGGAGGCUCCGUGCAGGACCCUGAGAAAAUACCAUCCACUGGCAAGUUGGUGCUGACCCUCACAACCGAUGCGUGUGAGGGGAAGGAAAAUUUUGUCCGCUACCUCGAGCACGUCCAAGCUGUCAUCACGGUCAACGCAACCAGGAGAGGAGACCUGAACAUCAACAUGACCUCCCCUAUGGGCACCAAGUCCAUUUUGCUGAGCCGGCGUCCGAGGGAUGAUGACUCCAAGGUGGGCUUUGACAAGUGGCCUUUCAUGACCACCCACACUUGGGGGGAAGACGCCCGAGGAACCUGGACCCUGGAGUUGGGGUUUGUCGGGAGCACACCCCAGAAGGGGGUGCUGAAAGAGUGGACACUGAUGCUGCAUGGCACGCAGAGCGCCCCUUACAUUGAUCAGGUGGUGAGGGAUUACCAGUCCAAGCUGGCCAUGUCCAAGAAGGAGGAGCUGGAGGAAGAGCUGGACGAAGCUGUGGAGAGAAGCCUGAAGAGCAUCCUGCGCAACAACUAGCACCGCGCCCCGGCCUCCACGCCUCCCUCCUCCCAGUCUCUGCCCCUCUGUCCUCCCUCCACUCUCCAUCGGGCACCGAGCAGUUACUCUUACACAAGUGAUGCCAACUUCUUGAUCUGAAGCUUCGCUCACUGUCAGUGAUUAUUUUCAUUACAAUGGAAGCAAUCUUUUUUAUUCUAUGCCCCAAAUACAGUGUUCCCACCAACACCUAUGUCUUAUUUGUGACUCUAAGUUCUUUAUUUGUGUCAUUCAAAUAGAUGAUAUCCUGCAAACAAAAGUGGGACAGCUUUCCCAUCAAUUUUUUUCAUACCUGAGAAGUGAAGAGAAUGCAUUUAAAAAGCCACACACAGUGACUCCAAGAACGUUUAUUCAUGGUCUCAACUGAGGACCUGUUACGUAAAAUGAAAAUCAAAGAUGAUGACAGAGGGUGAGCUCUGAACCCUUUAAAGCACAGGAGAUGCAGUAAACCCUUUGGGGAGAGAUGUUUUGAACUUAGCAAGAUUUGUCAGUGAUGUCGAUGCAGGUGGCAUGAUUUGAAAGAUGCCAGCCCUGAGAGCCCUAAUUCCUGGAUGGGGAAGAAAGAGUCAAACAGCAUGAGCACUGGACGUCUUACCACCAACACCAACAUCAUAACUCGUCCUGCCCAGCCAGGGUGAUAAAUAUAAAACCCAGGUGGCCUGGCUGGCCUUUCACCAGCUGCUGCUCUGCGUUAUGGUUAAAGCUGCUGGAGAAGCCCAAAUUACUCUCAGUUUGUAUAGAGUUCAUCCCAGCCCCGAUUUUCUGGGGUUCCUCACACAGCUAUACAAAAGAAUAAGAGGUGAGGUAGGUCUGGCAACAUGUCUGGUAAAGAAUAGCUGAGUGGGUUUUCACACAGGACCAAUUCUUUUUCCUAAGUCACUUUGGGCUUCUUAAUCUGAUUUAAGUGAGAGGCGAGGUGAGUAUUUUUGACAGCUUUUCACACAUAUACUUGGGCUUUGAUUUCCAAAACGUAUGAUUGAGGGAAAUGUCUUAUUCCUUCAUGUUGUGAUUUGUUUGACGUGUCAGGGAAAGAGGUGUGUGAAGGGGGCAUGAGUGAGGACGUGAGCAGCCAUGUUCACAUGGACCUCCAUUGGUAUGGAGCCUCUUCUGCCAAAGGGGGGGAAUGCCAGCUCAUCCCCAGGACCUCAAGGCCUGAAGGGAGCAAGAGAAGACCUCCCUCUGUAGAGAAAGCACACAGUUACCAUCUUGGCAACUAAGCCAUCCAUGAGAAUGUUUAACAUGCAACCCAAAGGUGAUACAUUCCUUUCCUCUGUCAACCCCAAAAGACACCACACCAUUUCAUUGCCAAAUAGAAAUGCUUUCUGACCCGCUGUCACUUUGUUUUCCUACUCAAGGAUUGGCUCCACAUCCCCAAUCCCAAUGCCCAUCCAAGCAAUGAUUUGUUUGAUUUGAUUCCCAAAAUCGGAUCCACCACUUCUGAUUGCAUUUCUCCCUUCCCCUGGGAGUCUGGGGCUAAGCCUGGGCUUCCUUUCCUUAAAGCCAGCAACACGAGAGCACGAGGUUUUGUUCCCUGAAGGUGGCAACUUAGAGAUAGAAGUCUGGAAAACCCAUUUCCUUUCUUUUUCCCUCCAUGUUGGCAUGAAUUUCUGUCUUCUCCAACACCAUAUGACCUUCUCUAUAAAAUGCUUUAAAAUGUAAUAAUAUUUAUGAUUUUUAAAAGAAAUUUAUUACUUGUUGCGAAGGUCUUUUUAAACCAGUUUAGAAUUCAAGAACAAAUAAAUGGAAAUCAUCAAAAAUUCAUUUCACAUUAACAGUCUGAAAAUAAACCAAAGGACAUUAUGUGUGCAUGUGUGUAUAGGUGCACACAGAAAUAUAUAUACACAUGUAGACUAUAUACAUGUGUGUAUGUAUGUGUAUAUAUAUACACUUGUAUAAAUGUAUAUACACACAUAUGCCUAAAAUGUGUGUAUGUGUAUUUAUGGAAGAAACAGACAUCAUAUUCAUCGCUAAAAGAAUAUUCAGAGAAUAUCAAGAUGAUUCUGGCUGAAGAAAAAGGCCGGUGGAAAUUCAGGUGAAAAUGUUCAUUGAUUCCCAUUAAGUCACCUCUGUAAUUUUGCAGCUCUCUGUAUAAAUAUUAAAUGUCUUAUAUAGCAGCAAAAAUAUAAAAUAGUUGUCCAUAUUUUCACAGUUGUGGUAUAAUUUAUGAAAUCAGAGAGUAACUAUCAGCUUCUUAAUAGAAACGGCAAGUUUUGAUAUGAGUAUACAGUAUAUAAAAAUAUAUAUAGUGCUAUAUAAAAAUAUUUGGUCUCUAUUUCAUUUUUUGCAUCAGUAUCAACACGAAAAUAUGUCUAGCUAGUGAGGUUUUUAUGAUAUCCCUGAUCCUAAUGCAAGAGACAUUUAUAGUCAUUAUUUUUAAAAAUGAAAAUAAGUAAAUAAUAAUUAAGCAAGUUAACAUUGUUACUCCCUGUGACAAAAUUUUAUAAGUAAAUUAAAAAAGACAUGUUGUAAAUUAGGAGACUCAACAAUAAAACAUUACCUUCCAGAAA